UGCAACACGCCCUUUUUUCUUGGAGACUGAGAGAGUCUGGGACGGCUCGUGCUAUGGAACAAGAACGUCUCCUGAAGUUCUGAAACUGAAACUUGAUGCAUUCCAAAUACUUUUUGUGAGGAGUGAGGAGACACAACAGUCACUAACGAGAUUUGGAGAACUGUUCCUACUUUUCUACUGCGAGGAGUUGCUGUCCCGUUGUAGUACGCAGCUACCUGGAAUUUGUGGACUCUGGCGUAUGGUGAAGGAAUUCCAGCCCUCGCUGGACCGCCUGACUCCACGGGAUAAACUAGAGACCUGCUAAAGGGCUCGAGAGAUGUCUGCCAACGAGAGGGCCAUCCGCGCGCUCCGAGAGCUUCUUCAGAAGCCAGGGAACCAGGCCUGCGCCGACUGCGGUGCUCCAGGUCCAGAAUGGGGCUCUUGUUCCUUGGGUGUCUUCAUCUGCCUGGACUGUUCUGGAAUCCACCGGAACAUUCCGGACAUUGGGAAAGUGAAGUCCCUCACACUGUCCCGCUGGGAGGACUCCGAAGUGGAGUUCAUGGCAGAGAAUGGAAACGCGGUGGCCAAGACCCGCUACGAAGCAGCCGUGCCAGUCUACUACUACAAACCCACUCGCAAAGACUGCCAGGUGCUGAGGGAGCAGUGGAUCAGAGCUAAGUACGAGAGGAGGGAGUUCACUGAGGCUGGGAAGAAGCUGACCUACGAGGAGGGAACAAGGGACGGCAUGCUGAUGAAGAGGGGGCGGGACAACGGCCAGUUCCUCAGCAGGCGAUUCGUCCUCUCCGAGAGGGAAGGAACACUGAAGUACUUCACCAAAUAUGAUGCCAAGGAGCCCAAAGCCACCAUUAAGAUGGACACCAUCAACGCCUCGUUCCAGCCCGAGAAGAUCGGCAACCCCAACGGACUGCAGAUCAACUACCUCAAGGAGUACAAGAACCGCAACAUCUUCGUCUACCAUGAGAAUGGCAAGGAGAUAGUCGACUGGUUUAAUUCCAUCCGAGCCGUGCAGCUCCACUACUUAAGUGUAGCCUUCCCCGGAGCCACAGAUGCUGAGCUGACACCCAAGUUGACCCGGAACUUUCUGAAGGAGGGAUACAUGGAGAAGACGGGCCCCAGGCAAACAGAAGGCUUCAAGAAGCGCUGGUUCACCCUGGACCAUCGCCGCCUCAUGUAUUUCAAGGAUCCAUUGGAUGCCUUUGCCAAGGGCGAGGUGUUCCUAGGCAACAGUGACCAGGGCUACAGUGCCAGCGAAGGCCUGCCGGCGGGCACCCACUGCAAUGGCGCCUGGUACUACGGUGUUACCAUAGUGACACCCGAGCGCAGCUUCCUGUUUACCUGCGAGACGGAGGCGGAGCAACAGGAAUGGGUCCGCCUCUUCAACGACGUCAUCAGCACCCCAAUGACUCCACAGGAGUACAGCAUGGAAGCCCUUUACAAGUACAAACACUGAUGGAGGGACCUGUCUGUGACCCUCACAUGAGCGAUGUCGUCCAUUUCCUGACCUCUAGUUUAUUUUUCCUGACCUUUAACCCCUUAGAGUUCAAGGGGAAAAAGUGGAACCGUGCAAUGAGCCAAAGAGAUAACACUACUCAAAAAAAGCUAUGUUGCAUAAAAAAAACACAUAGCUCAGUGAUGGACAACCUGAAUUCGGAAGCUAUGAUUCGGUAGCCUGGUUAUCAUCGACUUUCAAAUCUCUUCAAGACUUGGUCUGAACAAGAGCAUAACAAUUAUCAUUUCCCAAACAGCAUGGUUGACCCACCUCCCUUGGUUUGCUACUGGUUGUUUGCUUCCUGACAAAGUGGGAGGAGUUCCCGAUUUUUCUGGAGCUCAGAAACGCUGUUUUGUCUUGCUCCUGGCCUGAUUAGAAGCGACGCUGAAGGUGUUGUGUCACUACGAGGGCUCGGACUGGCUAAUGAUUCAAUGCCACGUAUUCCAAACUACCUGGUUUUAUCUGUCCAAUUACGGUAUUUGGACAGGUAAAAUUGUGUCUUUUGGGAUACGUGGCACUGGACUCUGGCUUCUUAGUCCAGGUUGCCCAUCACUGUAGUAGCUAUUACUAUUACCGGUACUAUGCUCCUCUGUUUCUAGCUUGUGUUAUACGCCUACUACACUAAAGUAUUUUGAGAGUACUCUAUUGAACCGUUGUCAUUUACAGUAGUGAGCUUUGUUUUGUCAUUUGAAUAGGAUAUAGUGUGUUACAAGAAACAAAUUAUUGAGGGUUGUUUACUCAUUUCUAUACAAAGCAUAUUACAUGGAAGUUCUCUGUAUAGUCAGUUAGGGGGAUCUACUCAUGGAUACAUUAUUAGACUCCCCUUAUGAAACAUUGUCUUUUGUCUCCACCUAGUGGUAGAUUGAGGUACAUGUCCUCAACUACUCCGUGUUGACUUAUCUGACGUGCUCUAGUCAGUUGAAAUGUAAAGGCUUCCGCAAGUCAUUGUAGUUCCUCCUAUACUUUCCUCUGCCCUUGUUAAGUGGGGCUCAAAGUAAUCAAUGAUCAAAGCCUUUAUUCCAUAUCUUGCAACAACCGUAAUUAAGAUCUCAUUAUUCUUAUUGCAACUGGGAUGGUGAAUUGGGGAAUAAAAAAACAGCAGCAGCUGCUUUGUGUUGUUUGACAGUGCAGGGCCCGUGACAAAGUCACUCCUUGUCCCGGGGCAACUGACCCCUUUGUCCCUCCUUGUUGGCUUCCCUGCUGCUUGAUAGUGGGAAAACUCCUCCUCUCUGCACGGAGGAGGGAUGACACCACCAAGGCACACUGUAAAACAUUACUACCAACCCAAAAUGUGAACGUCAAAAAGUAAGUUUACCCGCUGCCAUAACUUUGCAAGUUAACUCAAUGUGACAAAGCCUCAACUUGAGUUAAGCCUUGAGUUGAGUUAACUUACAAACUUCAGGCAGCAGGGCAACUUACCUUUUUACGUUUACUGUAACUGGCUUUCAAUGCUUUACAGUGCAAGAGGUCAGAUGCUACAGGAAAGGAUGGGAGAGACAAGAGUGAGUUGCAGCCAAAUUAUGAUGCAUGUUAACGAACAGUAACUACUGUAUUGGUUUAAUGUGUUGUAAUAUUGUAAAAGUCAUAAAGUGCCAGACAAAUGAGUAGUGUUAAGCUGUCCACAAGUCAGAGGUACACCCCAUUCAGACCAAAUUCAAAAUAAAAGGCAUGAUUUCAUACCCUGCUGUGUGUUACCAGACCAUUUAAUGUCACGUCUGUUGAAUAAGUGCUUUUACUGCAAAUCAAGCUGAAGCAACAGCUGAAAGUAUACAGUUAGACUAUCAGACCAUCAGGUCGUUUGUCAGUAUCAAAAAUUUAUAGAGCAUUUCAACUGUUUUGAAUAAUUAUGGCAGAUACCUGUAGCAGGCUUCACCCAGAGC